AUGGCCCCCCAGACCAAGCCGAGCAAGACCAGCAGCCGGGCUAACGCUGCCGCCAAGGCAGUUGCGAAGGGCUCUUCGCUUCACAAGUCCCGCAAGGUCCGCACCUCGACCACCUUCCACCGCCCCAAGACCCUCCAGCUCUCGCGGUCUCCCAAGUACCCCCGUGUGUCGAUUCCCCGCGAGCCCACCCUCGAUGCCGCCAAGAUCAUCCUGUACCCUCUCAACACCGAGAGCGCCAUGAAGAAGAUCGAGGAGAACAACACCCUGGUCUUCAUCGUGGAUGUCAAGGCAAACAAGCGCCAGAUCAAGCAGGCCCUGAAGAAGCUGUACGAUGUUGACACCAUCAAGAUCAACACCCUCGUCCGCCCCGACGGCGCCAAGAAGGCCUUUGCUCGGCUAACCCCUGAUGUUGAUGCUCUGGACAUUGCCGCCACCAAGCUGGCUAUUGUCUAG